CUGAGGCUUUCGGGGUGGCGCCUGAGACGGUCCCGUCACGUGUCUGGUUCCGAGUGCUGCAUUCGGCCGGUGACCGCGGGACGCUGACUGCCGAGGCCUCGGUUGGACGCGCUGGGCCGCAGCAUCCAGGGGACAGCAUGCCAACUGCCAAGCAGCUAGCUGACAUUGGCUACAAGACCUUUUCCACCUCCAUGAUGCUCCUCACUGUGUACGGCGGCUACCUCUGCAGUGUCCGAGCCUACCACUACCUCCAGCUGCGCAAGUCCCGGCGCCAGGCCGCAGAAGACCAGAAGACCUCAGGAAUCCUGUAGAACUAGGGGCUUUUUCUCUUGAGCAGAGAGGCCCAAGGUAUGCUGUGGAAAGACCUCACCUACCAUCAUUUCCAGGUCAAGAGGACUGGGGCCUCAAUGGUUUUCAAAUCCUGCUGGAAGAAAGUGCCUAUGGUUUCUCUGGUUGUGCCAGUCUGUGCCAGCUUGACAGUGGUGGAGGCUGUUGAAUCAUUAUAGGAAUGUGAGGGCAAGGUGUACCUAUAGACAUUAAAUAUUUUGCCAUGUC